ACCAGCCUUACUCGGUUGGCUUGAAAUUCAAAAUGGCCGCCAACACGAGCGCUUCCAGCGCGCCAGGACAACAAACCGACCCUGGCAAGAAAGACAAACAGACAUUGCUGGCUGUUUUGCAAUUUUUGAAAGAGAAAAAACUAUUAGAAACAGAGAAGAUUUUCAGACAAGAAGCCAACUGCCUCGGAAAUGUUGAGCUAAACUUCGAGACUACUCCGGACAUUGACACAGAUCUGUCGUCCGUACUUUCAGCGUACAACAGUGAGGCAGAUCCGACGAGAUAUGAAGACUACUAUACAAGCCUACAAGCAUUUGUUGAGAAGUCUCUUGAUUUAUACAAGCCGGAGCUUGCAAUGAUACUGUACCCCCUCUUCAUUCAUAUGUACUUGGAAUUGGUUUAUAAAGGCCAUGAGAACCAAGCUCAGUCGUUCUUUAACAAGUUCAGGCAAAGUCAAGAGGAUUAUCAUGAAGAGGACAUCAAGAAGUUGUCUGCCAUGACUAGACGAGAGCACAUGGGAAACAAUGAUUUUAUUGCUACCCUAAGGAGUAACAAAUUUGUGAUAAGAAUGUCAAGAGACACUUACCAAAUUUUAAAGAAACAUUUACAGGAGCUGCAGAUGGAGACGCUACUCUCAAUAAUUCAACAACACCUGCAUUUUGACGUAUUUGAGGGAAGACCCAGGAACAAGCAAGCAGUAGAUGCAACCUCAGGGGGGAUCACAGGGGAAGCCACAUUUGAAGCUAACAAGACCAAGGUAUUGUAUGGUUUACAACCCGAACCAGACCUGGGGAUCACCAUUGAAGAUGACAAUGAGGAGGAAGACGACAAGGAUAAACCAAAGAAAAAGAAGCCAAAGAAAGAAAAUGGCCCUGGAAGGAAAAAGUUUGAAUUCAAUCCCAAUGCUCCUCCUCUCAACAGAAUCCCAUUCCCAGAAAUGAAAGACAGUGACAAAAUUCACAAGGCACAAAUUCUCAGAGAAUCAGCAAAGAAGCUCAAACUUAGUGCAGAAGUUCUACCAUCUAUAUGCUUCUACAGCCUGCUCAAUGCCAACGAAGGAGUAAAUUGUGCCACUAUAUCUGAGGAUGCAGCACUUCUGAGUGCAGGGUUUGAAGACAGUACAAUCCGCAUCUGGACGCUUACACCACGCAAACUGCGCAUGCUUAAGCCACCCUCGGAGCUGAACAAAAUAGACAAGGAAGCAGAGGAUGUGAUGGAGCGGAUAAUGGAUGACAGGACUGCUAGCGAGUCACGGCGGCUGGUUGGUCACUCUGGCCCAGUGUUUGCUGUUAGUAUUGACCACGAUAACAAGUUCUUGUUGUCAUGCUCUGAGGACAAAACCAUUCGCCUGUGGAGUCUGUUUACCUUCACCACCCUGGUGGCGUACAGAGGACACAACUAUCCUGUGUGGGACGUCCAGUUCUGCCCACGUGGACACUAUUUUGCCAGCACAUCCCAUGACCGGACAGCCCGACUUUGGUCCACAGACCACCAGCAGCCCCUGCGGAUAUUUGCUGGACACGUCUCUGAUGUUAAUAAAGUUGCGUUUCAUCCCAACUGCAAUUACAUCGCUACGGGUUCAAGUGAUCGCACAGUGCGCCUGUGGGAUAUCCAGACUGGGAGCUCUGUGCGUCUCUUUACCGGACAUAAGGCUGCUGUUCAGUCUCUUGCGUUUUCUCGUAACGGAAGGCAUCUCAUUUCGUCAGGCGUGGAUACACGCCUGCUCGUAUGGGACCUGGCCGAGGGGACGCUUGUGGCAGAGCUAAAGGGACACACAGACACUGUUUACUCGCUGUGUUUCUCGCGGGACGGUACCAUUCUUGCGUCAGCGGGUCUGGAUAACUGCAUCAAGCUGUGGAAUACUAGCGUCUUCUGUAACCAAGACGAGGAUGAUGAUGACGGUCGACAUGCAGGGUUGGACAAGUCUUCGUCGUGCUUGCUCGGCUCGUACUCCACCAAGAAGACGCCCAUUCACUGCUUGCACUUCACCUUCAGGAAUCUCCUACUGGCAGCAGGGCCAUUCAAUUCAUGACACGCCUUGCCACGCCCUCACAAAGCGCCUGAUGGUACUCGACCACGCCUUUCACACGCCACCCCAAUCCUCUCCGGAAUGGGCGUGGGGGAAGAACUGCAUUGGAUGAAAAAAAACAACAACAGUGUCAUCAUCCCCAUGCAAGUUCAUAUUCGCAGUGCAACUUUCCCAGCUGAGACGAUGCUAUAGCGGGCACCAAAAGAAGUCGUUGUUUUUGUGUACUUGCACAUUGCUUCCAGAGUCGUCGUCUUUCUCUGGUGGUGUAACAUGUACAGCAUUCCAGACGUAACAAACCUGCGUCAUCUAAGCCCGGAUUUGCUCCUGAAAACUAACUUGUUAUGAUUCGUGAAGUUGUUAUUUGUACAUAGCUGUGCUGCCAAUUCAAGCCGCCAUGUUUCCUAGCACUCUCUGUUGCGAUGUUUAUACAAACGUUCCUCCAAUUGAGAGCAAUUAACAAUUAACACCUUAAAAGGUCAUUAGUUUGAGAAUAAACACUCACGCCCGACUUCUUAAAGAGGUAGACUCAUCAGCUGCGCAUCCCAUCUACAUAUUUUCCCAUGGGCCACCCUCUCUACGAUUCUUAUAAAAUAUCAGGCGAACCACAAAGACUUGUUUGGGAUUCGUCAUAGGGUAGCUUUUGUAAUGACGGAUUGUUAAGAAACCGUGGCUCACGAAAAACGCACGAAAUUAAAACAAGGAAAAAGAA